UCCCACGAAAACCCGAACGGCCAAACACCCCCUCCCCCUCCUCCCCCGUGUUUGCCGUGACGAUGCCCUCCCCCUCCAGCUCCGGCGACGAGGGCCGCCCGCCGACUCCGACGGAGCCGCGCCGGGUGGUGGUCGCCCACCGCCUCCCACUCCUCGCGGAUCCCAACCCGGACGCGCCGCACGGGUUCGACUUCUCCCUCGACCCGCAGGCGCUCCCGCUCCAGCUCUCCCAUGGCUUCCCCCGCCCCGUCGUCUUCGUCGGCGUGCUCCCCUCCGCCGUCACGGAGGCCGUCCCCGCGUCCGACGAGCUCGCGGCCGACCUCCUCGCGCGGUUCUCCUGCUACCCGGUGUUCGUCUCCGCCAAGGUCCACGCCGACUUCUACGAUGGCUUCUGCAAGCACUACCUGUGGCCGGUGCUCCACUACCUCCUCCCGCUCGCGCCCUCCUACGGCACCGGUGGCGGGCUUCCCUUCAACAACGACCUCUACCGCACCUUCCUCACCGUCAACACGCAGUUCGCCGAGCGCGUAUUCGAGCUCCUCAACCCCGACGAGGACCUCGUGUUCGUCCACGACUACCACCUCUGGGCGUUCCCCACCUUCCUGCGCCAUAAAUCCCCAAGCGCCCGCAUCGGUUUCUUCCUCCACUCUCCCUUCCCCACCUCGGAGCUCUUCCGCGCCAUCCCCGUUCGCGAGGACCUCCUCCGCGCCCUCCUCAACGCCGAUCUCGUGGGCUUCCACACCUUCGAUUACGCGCGCCACUUCCUCUCCUCGUGCUCCAGGGUCCUCGGCCUCUCCAACCGCUCGAGCCGCGGCUACAUAGGCAUCGAGUACUACGGCCGCACGGUGGUCGUGAAGAUCCUCUCCGUCGGCAUCGACAUGGGCCAGCUCCGCGCGGUCUUGCCGUUGCCGGAGACGGUCGCCAAGUCUAAGGAGAUCGUUGACAAGUACAGGGGCCGCUGGCUGAUGCUCGGCGUGGACGACAUGGAUUUGUUCAAGGGGAUUGGGCUUAAGCUCUUGGCCAUGGAGAGGCUGCUGGAGUCGCGGGCGAACUUGCGCGGCCAGGUGGUUCUCGUGCAGAUCAACAACCCGGCGCGGAGCCUUGGCCGCGACGUCGACGAGGUCCACGCGGAGGUGCUGGCGAUCCGUGACCGGAUCAAUGGCCGGUUCGGCUGGGAAGGGUACGAACCAGUGGUUGUGAUCGACGGAGCCAUGCCGAUGCACGACAAGGUGGCGUUCUACACUUCCGCGGACAUCUGCGUCGUGAAUGCCGUGCGCGACGGGCUGAACAGGAUACCGUACUUCUACACCGUGUGCCGGCAGGAGGGCCCGGUUCCCAACGCUUCGUCCGGGAAGCCGAGGCAGAGCACCAUUAUCGUGUCAGAGUUUGUCGGGUGCUCACCGUCGCUGAGCGGCGCGAUCCGCAUCAACCCGUGGAAUGUGGACGACGUCGCGGACGCCAUGAACACGGCGCUGAAGAUGAGCAACACCGAGCAGCGGCUGCGCCAGGAGAAGCACUACAGGUACGUGAGCACGCACGACGUCGUCUACUGGGCGCAGUCGUUCGACCAGGACCUGCAGAAGGCCUCCAAGGACAACUCGUCCAUGGUGAUGCUCAGCUUCGGCCUCAGCAUGAGCUUCCGCGUCGUCGCGCUCGGCCCCAACUUCCAGAAACUCUCACCUGAUCACAUUGACCCGGCGUACCGCCAGACUGGCAACAGGCUCAUUUUACUGGACUACGAUGGCACAGUGAUGCCACAGGGGCUGAUCAACAAGGAGCCCAGUGAGAAAGUGAUCCGUACUCUGAAUGCAUUGUGCUCAGAUCCAGCGAACACCGUUUUCGUUGUCAGUGGGCGGGGGAAGGAUGAAUUGGCCAAAUGGUUUGCACCGUGCGAGAGGAUGGGGAUCUCUGCAGAGCACGGCUACUUCACAAGGUGGAGCAGGGAUUCUCCCUGGGAGUCAUGCAAGUUGGUGACAAAUUUUGAUUGGAAGAACAUCGCUGAGCCUGUAAUGAAGCACUACACUGAUGCAACCGAUGGGUCAUACAUCGAGGUUAAAGAAACAUCACUAGUGUGGCACUACGAGGAGGCUGAUCCGGAUUUUGGAUCAUGUCAAGCCAAGGAGCUCCAGGACCACCUGCAGAAUGUGCUUGCGAACGAGCCAGUCUAUGUGAAGAGUGGACAUCAAAUUGUUGAAAUUAAUCCUCAGGGUGUGGGCAAAGGAGUAGCCGUGCGGAGCCUCAUUUCAACCAUUGGAGAUCGUGGCAGCUUGCCAGAUUUCAUCCUCUGCGUUGGUGAUGACCGGUCCGAUGAAGACAUGUUUGAGGCAAUGAGCAGCAGUGCAUUCCCGGAGACUACUCAGAUCUUCCCCUGCACUGUCGGCAACAAGCCAAGCUCGGCCAAGUACUACCUGGAUGACCCGGAGGAUGUUCUCAAGAUGCUCCAGGGCCUGAAGACGGACUCGUCGAUUCCGCAGCACCCCGCGGCACCCGUCACGUUCGAAAAUCCGCUAGAGUGAAGGAUCAAGAGAAGAGGUCGCGUGACAUGCUCGUGGAUGGAGCCGUUCAUUUCGUUCAUGAUUCCUUUUUGUAAUUAGCAGAAAGAGAGAAGAAACGAUUUUUUGGGGAAGGUGUGAGAACGGGGGUAAAAGGGCAAAGUUUAUUCAAACUGACUAGUGAUCGAUCGUUAGGUUACAGAUGUUCAUGUUUUACCCGGUAGGCAGUUUCCUUUGUACAAACGUCAAAGGUUUUUGUUUUUCCUGCCUAGAUCGUCAGAAACCAGAAGAAACAAAAUCAUGGUUCGCUUACCAA